CGGAGCCAAGCUCGAGCUCAGUGCGCUCAGAGCACAGCAGGGCUGACGCCCAGAGCUUACUCUGAGAUGGCAGUGAAGUAAAGGGAACCUCUAAGAGACACUGUGACUCUAGGCUGAGCAGGAGAGCCUGCUGCUCCUCCAGGCGGGGACAUGGGGGACCCGUCCUACAGCGAGAAGCCGCGACUGCACUACGCGGGUGACUUCACCUGGAACAGCAUGUCUGGCCGCAGUGUGCGCCUGAGGUCAGUCCCCAUCCAGAGCCUCUUGGAGCUGGAGCGGGCACGGCUGCAGGAAGUGGCUUAUUCUCAGCUGCAACAGGACAGUGACCUGGGCUGUCAGAUCACCAUCCCCAAAGAUGGACAAAAGAGAAAGAAAUCAUUGAGAAAGAAACUGGAUUCCCUAGGGAAGGAGAAGAACAAAGACAAAGAAUUUAUUCCACAGGCGUUUGGGAUGCCCUUAUCCCAAGUCAUUGCUAAUGACCGCGCAUAUAAGCUAAAACAAGACAUGCAGAGGGAGGAGCAAAAGGAUACAUCUGAGUUUGGGUCUUUCCUCCUCCCAUAUGGGAAUAAAAGACAAAACAAAGAACUCUCAAGCAGUAACUCAUCUCUCAGCUCAACCUCAGAAACACCAAAUGAGUCCGUAUCACCUAAUACUCCGGAACCGGCUCCUCGGGUUAGGCGAAGGGGUGCCAUGUCAGUGGAUUCCAUCACGGAUCUGGAUGACAACCACUCUCGACUCCUAGAAGCUUUGCAACUCUCCCUGCCUGCUGACGCUCAUAAUAAAAAAGAAAAGGCCAGAGAUAAGAGGCUGAGUCUGAAUCUUAUUUACAGGCAGGUCCCCAGGCUGGUGGACAGCUGCUGCCAGCAUCUGGAAAAAUAUGGCCUCCAGACAGUGGGGAUAUUUCGAGUUGGAAGUUCAAAAAAGAGAGUGAGACAACUGCGUGAGGAAUUUGACCGUGGGAUUGAUGUCUGUCUGGAAGAGGAGCACAGUGUUCAUGAUGUGGCAGCCUUAUUGAAGGAGUUCCUUAGGGACAUGCCUGACCCCCUUCUCACCAGGGAGCUCUACACAGCAUUCAUCAACCCUCUCUUGUUGGAGCCAAAGGAACAACUGGGCACCUUGCAACUCCUCGUUUACCUUCUACCUCCCUGCAACUGCGACACCCUCCACUGCCUCCUACAGUUCCUCUCCAUUGUGGCCAGCCACGCCGAUGACAGUGUCAACAACGAGAUCACUGGGAACAAAAUGACAUCUCUGAACUUGGCCACCAUAUUUGGGCCCAACCUGCUCCACAAACAGAAGUCAUCAGACAAAGAAUAUUCCGUGCAGAGCUCAGCCAGAGCUGAAGAGAGCACAGCCAUCAUCGCAGUGGUACAGAAGAUGAUUGAAAACUAUGAAACCCUGUUCAUGGUUUCCCCGGAUCUCCAGAACGAAGUGCUGAUCAGCCUUCUGGAGACAGAUCCAGAUGUCGUGGACUAUCUGCUCAGAAGAAAGGCUUCCCAAUCCUCGAGCCCUGACAUGCUGCAGUCGGAGGACGUUUCCUUUUCCAUGGGAGGGAGGCAUUCAUCUACAGAUUCCAACAAGGCCUCCAGCGGAGACAUCUCCCCUUAUGACAACAACUCCCCAGUGCUGUCUGAGCGCUCCCUGCUGGCUAUGCAAGAGGACAGGGCCCGGGGGGGCUCGGAGAAACUUUAUAAAGUGCCAGAGCAGUAUACAUUGGUGGGCCACUUGCCAUCGCCAAAGUCGAAGUCAAGAGAAAGUUCUCCAGGACCAAGGCUUGGAAAAGAUAUGUCUGAGGAGCCUUUCAAUAUCUGGGGAACUUGGCAUUCAACACUAAAAAGUGGCUCCAAGGACCCCGGAAUGACAGGUUCCUAUGGAGACAUUUUUGAAAGUAGCUCCCUGCGACCGAGGCCCUGUUCCCUUUCUCAAGGGAACCUAUCCCUGAAUUGGCCUCGAUGUCAAGGGAGCCCCACAGGGCUGGACAAUAGCACUCAGGUCAUUCGGAGGACUCAGACGGCGACCACUGUGGCACAGUGCAGUGUCCACCUUCCUGUGUCGCGUGUCUGCAGCACUCCCCACAUCCUGGGUGGUGGCAGGGGGUCCAGGCGGCCUGCAGCCAGGUCUGAGCCAUUCUUGUCCCUAAACAGCACAGAAGACAUGGCCGAGGGCGAGGUGGAAGUGUACCAGAGACCUCAGCCUGUGUACCAGAGACCUCAGGAGAGUGGCAGAGAUGACAGGCGCCCCCCUCCUCCUUACCCAGGAUCAGGGAAGCCUGCCGUGACCUCGGCCCACCAGCCCUCUGAGCCUCCCCUGUGGAGGCUCCAGAGGCAUGAAGAUUCGGGAACAGCCGCAGAAGGAGGCCAACAGGCCUCAGGAAAGCAUCCGGCCAGACCAAAAAAACUGAGCAGCGCCUAUUCCCUCUCAGCCAGUGAGCAGGAGGACAAACAGAACUUGGAGGAGGCCAGCUGGCUCGACUGGCAGCGAGAGCGGUGGCAGAUUUGGGAGCUCCUGUCAACUGACAAUCCCGACGCCCUCCCAGAAACCCUGGUAUGAGCCCACCCGCCAGCAGCUGAAGCCCACCCUCCAAAAACCAUCCUUUUCCGGACCAGACCCGGGAAACUUGCCGAUGGACAAUUGGACAAUUACUCAUUUUUCUUUUUCUUUUUA